GCGUUCGUUUUGUACACGAAGAAGAAGAAGAAGCAACAUGCUAGAAACAGCUGUGAUACAGCUACAGUGUGUUAGCCAGCUAUCAAAACACAAAUGUUUGUGUUUAUGAUAACAAACUGAUGGUCCUGAACUGUAUUAGCUUUGGCAGCUUUAACAGAGAGUUGUAUUUAGCCUUUAGCCGAGUAGCUUGCAAGUCAUCUUGUUAGCUAGCUGGACGUGUAGCUAGCCGGCUAAGUAACUAGCUAGCUGUCACCGGGUUGUUUUUGUUCUUUGUAAAAGUAAGACGUUUCUUUUUAACACAUGAGUGUGUCUCUGGUCGUUAUCCGAUUGGAGUUAGCCGAUCAGUCUCCUUAUCCACAAGGUUUCCAGUACUCUGCCGUUGAAGGCAUGUCAGAUGAGGAACUGCAGGAGAAAGCUCUGGGUGUAGCCAAACACUCUCUGAGUGGAAAGACGGAGCUGGAAAGAGCAGCUGUACUGCACCAACACAUCGGCAGCAGAGCCAUGGGGGACAUGGUUAUAGAAACCUUUGAGCCCAGCCCAGAUAAAGGAGGAGGUGAAGAGUCGGAUGGUUCAGCAGAGCAGAACCGUGAACCUCCGUCUGCUCAGCCUGAAGCAGACAGUCAGGAGGUCACAGAGGGUACGCAGGACGGCAGCGAAGCGACAGCCGCUGCUCCCGACUCGCCGUCCAAGCAGCUGCCGGACCAGAUCUCCUUCUUCAGUGGGAACCCCUCAGUGGAGAUCAUCCACGGUAUCAUGCACCUCUACAAGACCAACAAAAUGACUUCACUGACUGAAGACGUAAGACGCAGCGCUAUGGUGUGCAUCCUCACCGUCCCGGCGACCAUGACCAGCCAUGACCUCAUGAAGCUUCUGGCACCAUUUAACGAUGUCAUGGAGCAUAUGAAGAUCAUACGGGACUCUACCCCGAACCAGUACAUGGUUCUCAUUAAGUUCUGUAAACAGGCAGACGCAGACAGCUUUUACACAGCGUGUAAUGGCCGCCAGUUCAACUCUAUAGAGGACGCAGUGUGCCAACUGAUCUAUGUGGAGCGGGCAGAAGUUAUAAAGUCUGACGAGGGAGCCAGCCUGCCGGUGAUGGAGCUGACCGAGCUGCCAAAGUGCACUGUGUGCCUGGAGAGGAUGGACGAGUCAGUCAACGGCAUCCUCACUACUCUCUGCAACCACAGCUUUCACAGCCAGUGUCUCCAGCGGUGGGAAGAUGCCUCGUGUCCUGUAUGUAGAUACUGUCAAACACCAGAACCAGUUGAAGAGAACAAGUGCUUUGAAUGCGGCGUACAGGAGAAUCUGUGGAUUUGUUUGAUAUGCGGACACAUCGGUUGCGGUCGCUACGUUAGCCGGCAUGCCUACAAGCACUUUGAGGAAACACAGCAUACUUACGCCAUGCAGCUCACCAACCACCGUGUCUGGGACUACGCAGGAGAUAACUACGUGCAUCGGCUGGUGGCCAGUAAGUCCGACGGGAAGAUGGUGCAGUAUGAGUGCGAGGGUCAGGGAGACAUCUGCCACGCUGAGAAAAUUGAUGCACUUCAACUAGAGUACUCGUACCUGCUGACGAGUCAACUGGAGUCUCAAAGAGUUUACUGGGAGAACAAGAUCGUUCAUCUGGAGAAGGAGACAGCCGAGGAGAUAAACAACAUGAAGACUAAAUUUAAAGAGACCCUGGAGCGCUGCGACAACCUGGAGCGACGGUUUGGAGAAUUGAGCAAAGAGAAGCAGGGCAUAGAGAAAAAGUGCACUCAGAUGAACAGUCGGGUGGCGAAGCUGAGCCAAGAGCUGAAGGAGGAGCAGGAGAUGAAUCGCUGUCUGAGAGCCAAUCAGGCGCAGCUGCAGGCCCAGCUGGCAGAGGAGGAG